UCAGAAUCAUCGCUGCUUUUCUACAAAUCCUCAGCGUCAUAAUGUUUUCCCUCCGCAUUGCCCGAUCCUUCCCCACCCCUUCCCUCCCCCGCCAUCUCGCCUUCCGCACUUUGGCCACUGCUCCCCCUAAGAAGAAGGAAUGGCUCUGCAUCCUCCCCGAUAAGCCCAACGUACAGGAGCUGCGCAUGAAAGUUCGACCGACACACUUCGCCAACCUGAAACCCUUGGUCGAGGCUGGGAAGAUGGUGGUUGGUGGUGCUAUGGUUGAAUCCCAUCCCGAAGAAGGAAAACCCCCUACCUUCAAGGGAAGUAUGAUUGUGGUGACUGGGGAGACAUUGGGGGAUGUGCAUCAGAUUAUUAAUAAUGAUAUUUAUGCAAAGAGCGGGGUUUGGGAUCUGGAGAAGGUGCAGGUUAUUCCGUACAUCUCGGCAGUUAGAGAGCCGUUGAACAAGGAUUGAGCGGAGUAAGAUGGGAACAAGAGCGGACACGGGGGUCGCUUCGUGAGGGUUGUGGACGCUGCUUUUGAAAGAACUUGUUUU